CAAUAUGAUUGGGCGACGAGUUCUUUAUUUUAUGGUCAGUUCAUGUGGUUUGGGUGUGACAUUUGCUGCUAGUUCAAAUAUAACAUAUAUAAUGUUUCUCCAAACAGAAAAAGAAGUGCAGAGUUCGCCUCGGGAUUGGGAGCCGCUGUCCAUCGCCGUUCCCAAUCCCACCCAAACUGACGUCAUUGGAUGCCAGCAUGGUAACUGCGUCAGUUUGGAAAAACCGGGAGAAGAAGAACGUAAAGGAUCACCACCAACUUGAUUCUUCCUUUGUCUCUUCUUUCCAUUUGAAACCGUCUACAACAUCUCUGACGCCCCUCGACCCCUUGUCUGGCCGAACACCAAUCGGCACUCCAUCCCCCUCACCACACUCACCCUCUGGAUCCCCUGCCAGAUCCCCUUCCAAUCUCUCCAAGUUUGGCCUCUCUUCUCUCUCCUCUCUCCACAUGUCAUCUCUCUCUUCUUCUUCUUCUUCAGAGGAAGGAUCACAGACCUCCUCCCCUUUUAGUGCUUCUUCUGUUUCCCUGGCUGUCUCAACUCAGUUUUCCUCCUCUGCCACUCCCCCCAGUCCUGCCUGCCCUUCCUCCACAACCCACGUCUCCUCCCCUACCCCCCAGUCCUCCUCUCCAAACCCCCUGGACAACCAUGGAGAGACCAACAAAGACAGUGAGACUGCCAGAGAUCUUAUGAGCUCUGAGGUCAAAGAGGUGGGGGCAGUUGUUCCACAGACAAAGAGAAUGGUACCCCUAUUUUCUGGCAUCGCAGAGGCCUCCAUUGACCUGAAGUCUUCCUCUGUCUCCUUGGAGAGGCCAUUGGUCAGGUCUCGGGAAGCCAUGGCUCGCCUCCCCAACCUGUUCAGCAAGAGUAGCAUCCAGCUGGGGGAGCAGAGCUGCACAGGCGAGGGCGAAGACAACACCAAGCUCCUUGGGUUGCCUAAUAUUGGCAACACCUGCUUCAUGAACUCUGCUCUGCAGUGCCUGCUGGGGCUGCCAGCAUUUUGCAGAGACAUCAUGAGACAGCAGAACAUCUGGAGUUCCUCCCCCUCCUCUAAACUGCUAUGCUGCUUUGCCAAGUUACAUCAGGCCAGGCUUUCUGGAGGCACUGUUAAUGAUAAGAACAAGGAAAAUAAGAAAAUCCUUCAAACAGUCAAGAGCUGUCUUUCCGUUGUCAAUGAGGACUAUGAGGAAGACUAUGAACAGGAUGCCCAUGAAUGUGUGUUGCUCCUCCUCUUUCAGCUGAAGGAGGAGGGUAUGGCAUUAAAGGGCUCACCAGAGCCAUACGCCUGCCCCGUGAAGCAGUUAGAAUUCAAGCUGAAGACUUCCCGUACCUGCACCAGCUGUGGAGUUAUAGUUUAUGGUCAGGAGGAUUAUAAUCACCUGUCACUGAGCCUGAGCCAUGACCUGCCACACAGCCUGGACCUCUACUUUAAGCCAUCUGCGUUAGAGUGUGCAUGCAGGGUGUGCUCAGGAAGCACGGCAUCUGUGACUAGGCACUUCCUCACGCUGCCCCGGGUCCUAAUGCUUCAUAUCAAGCGAUUUACUGCAGGCAACUGGGAGCCAGAGAAGGUGGAUGAUCCCAUGUCCAUCCCUGCAGAAAUAACCCUCCCAGCCAAUUGUGGGAAGACAGCCCAUGUCCAGUAUGGAGCCAGGGCAAGCUCCCUGGGGAGAAACAACAUGGACAACACACCUGCAAACUCCCCGAAAGGCACCCUUGAAAGACCAGAGACACCAGCCAGACAAUAUCUACAGAUUGUCAAGUGUGAUCUCACAUCUGGGAGACAACAUGUAUACAGGCCACUACAUCAGUGAUGUUUUGGACAGCCGUGGCAGUGGGUGGCUCUGCCUGGAUGACGCACAUGUCUUGAGGACAGAUGAGGCCACUGUGCUGAAGGCGAUUGCACAGACUGCCUACAUCCUGUUCUAUGUCUGCAGACAUUGUAUGUACAUGUAAGAUCUCCCUGUCAUUUCUCAUUGAAGUGGAGCAGGUGAAGGAGACCAGGCCCCUCACUACCAGGAGAACCCAUCAUUAAACUAAGGGAGAGGCACAG